UCUCCUAAAAUUACAAAGGAAGGAAACAUAAAGAGCCAUCACAGUUCUCUAACUCUCAUUCUAAUAAUGGGAGACAAAGAGGCAGCCAAAGGAGCCCAGCACGUACAGCACCAUCAUUCUUACCGAGUGUGGGGACGUAAAGGUGAAUGGUGAGCAGCGGUUAUAACUUGGGAGUCUUUCUACACCUCAUCUGCUACAAGUUCUGGCUUAGAAAUGGAUAUGCUUUGUGAAGAAAAUACUUCUUUGAGCUCCACUACGAACUCCUUAAUGCAAUUAAAUGAUGACAGCAGACUCUACAAUAAUGACUUUAACUCCAGAGAAGCUAACACUUCUGAUGCAUUUAACUGGACGGUAGACUCCGAAAAUCGAACCAACCUUUCCUGUGAAGGGUGCCUCUCACCACCGUGUUUCUCCUUACUUCAUCUACAGGAAAAAAACUGGUCUGCUUUAUUGACAGCUGUAGUGAUUAUUCUAACCAUUGCUGGAAACAUACUCGUCAUCAUGGCAGUGUCCCUAGAGAAAAAGCUGCAGAACGCCACCAACUAUUUCCUGAUGUCACUUGCCAUAGCUGAUAUGCUGCUGGGUUUCCUUGUCAUGCCCGUAUCCAUGUUAACCAUCCUGUAUGGGUACCGGUGGCCUCUGCCUAGCAAGCUCUGUGCGGUCUGGAUUUACCUGGAUGUGCUCUUCUCCACGGCCUCCAUCAUGCACCUGUGCGCCAUCUCCCUGGACCGCUACGUCGCCAUCCAGAACCCCAUCCACCACAGCCGCUUCAAUUCCAGAACUAAGGCAUUUCUGAAAAUAAUUGCUGUUUGGACCAUAUCAGUAGGUAUCUCCAUGCCAAUACCAGUCUUUGGGCUACAGGAUGAUUCCAAGGUCUUUAAGGAGGGGAGUUGCUUACUCGCCGAUGACAACUUUGUCCUGAUUGGCUCUUUCGUGUCAUUUUUCAUUCCCUUAACCAUCAUGGUGAUCACCUACUUUCUAACUAUCAAGUCACUCCAGAAAGAAGCUACUUUGUGUGUGAGUGAUGUUGGCACACGGGCCAAAUUAGCUUCUUUCAGCUUCCUCCCUCAGAGUUCCCUGUCUUCGGAAAAGCUCUUCCAGAGGUCAAUCCACAGGGAGCCAGGGUCCUACGCAGGCAGGAGGACUAUGCAGUCCAUCAGCAACGAGCAAAAAGCAUGCAAGGUGCUGGGCAUCGUCUUCUUCCUGUUUGUGGUGAUGUGGUGUCCCUUCUUCAUCACGAACAUAAUGGCCGUCAUCUGCAAAGAGUCCUGCAACGAGGAUGUCAUCGGAGCCUUGCUUAAUGUGUUCGUUUGGAUCGGUUACCUCUCCUCAGCGGUCAACCCACUAGUCUACACACUGUUCAAUAAGACCUAUAGGUCGGCCUUUUCACGGUAUAUUCAGUGUCAGUACAAGGAAAACAAAAAACCAUUACAGUUAAUUUUAGUGAACACUAUACCGGCUUUGGCCUACAAGUCUAGUCAACUCCAAAUGGGGCAAAAAAAGAAUUCAAAGAAAGAUGCCAAGACCGCAGAUAAUGACUGCUCUAUGGUUGCUCUAGGAAAGCAACAUGCAGAAGAUGCCUCGACAGACAAUAUCAACACAGUGAAUGAAAAGGUUAGCUGUGUGUGAUAGGCUAGUUACUAUGGCAACUGUGGAGGGCACACAGAGUGAGUUUUCACCUAUCUGGAAAAAAUAAACUAAAAUAAAGAGACUGGAAAAAAUUAGGCCGGUCUAGUGGAACCAACAAUAAUGUCUAUAUGCCUCAUUUUAUUCUGUCAAUGAAAAGCAGGGUUAAAUGCCACAAAAUGUGCACUUCGAAAAUGUUCUGCCAGCAUUUCAGCUGUGAGCUUUAUGAUAAUUAUUUUUAACAUUGUAAAUGAUAUGUCUUUAAAAUGAUUAGCUUUUAUUGCAUAAUUAUGAGGCCCUAAAUAAAUCUCAAUUGAUUUCUAUUUUCAAAUGGAAACUUUGGCUUGCUACUGUGUUGCUAGUUGACGGCAUGGGAUUGAGUUGGUUACCUAUUGCUGUACAUAAAAAUAGCUAUAAAUAGUAAAAAAAAAUGUUGAAUGUAGUGGGCUUUAAAAUAAAGAAUUCUCUUUAAAACAUACCAUGAUAUAUAUUUUGAAAGGAAAAAGAAGACACUAAGGACAGUGCUAUAAAAUCUGUAUUGCUAAGAUAAUUAAAUGAAAUACUUGACAAUAUUUUUUAUUGCUGCUUUUCCAUAGAUGUCAUUUUGAAAUAUUCACAAGGUUGCUGGCCUUUGCUGUGUUUCAAGUUAAUUCUCAGAAGUGAAAAAGAUUUUAAAUGUUAUUGAAUAACUAUUGCUGCUUUCUCUUCUACUUCUCGUGUUUUACUCUGAAUUUCCAGUGUGGUCUUGUUUAAUAUUUGUUCUUCUAGGUAACCUAUCAAAAGGAUAAUAAUUUAACAUUACCAAGUACAUGCUUCUCUAAAAGAAUACCAUAGAGGUAUUUGGUAACUCUCUGUGAAAUGACUGCAUCAUGCAUGCGUUCCUCUGAGCAGUAAACAAUGUAUGUUGAUGUAGCUGUCAGGAUUCAGGAUGAACUCAGGUUUCUGGCUAUUGACGGUAAUAGAGCCUCAGGACCUCUCUGUAAAAAGCAAGUGUCUUUCCUAUUGACACCAUCAUGUAAAUUGAUGCUUUCAGAUCAAUCAACCUAUAUUAUUUAUUAAAACUGUUCAGCUUGGUUCCACAAUCAUCUAUUGAGUGUACACUUAAGUGUGAAGCAAUUUUCUAGGUAUGAGGGGUAUGAAAACACUUAAAACAAGAUCCUUGCCUCUGAAGAAAAUGACU